AGACGGCGCAGAGUUAUAACGUCACCACCAGCGCCGUGGCUCCUGUCGCGCUCAAGCUCUCCAGGACGCCUUCGAGCUCUAGACAGAGACUGGCUGUAGGCCUUCACAAUGGCUGUACCAAGGUCUGGAACUUUGCUUUCUUAUCCUCUAUAGAAUCUGAAGGAUGUUGGAGCGACCACCAUGGGCAAUGCUCUGUGUAUCUGUUCAAGGGGGACCAUCACCAUCAAUAACAAACGCUAUCUUUUAAUCCACAGGCUUGGGGAGGGUGGCUUCAGCUAUGUGGACCUGGUCGAAGGGCUGCAGGAUGGACGCUUCUAUGCCUUGAAACGCAUCAUAUGCCACGACAAGGAUGAUCGUCAGGAAGCUCUGCAUGAGGUAGAGAUGCACCUGCUUUUUGAGCACCCCAACAUCUUGCCCCUCUGUGCACAUGCCAUGGUAGAGAAAGGAUCCAAGCACGAGGCCUGGCUCCUCUUGCCUUUCCUCAAGAGAGGGACCCUCUGGCAGGAAGUAGAAGCUCUGAGAGAUAAAGGCUGCUUCAUGCCCGAGGAGCGUAUCCUGGUCAUUUUUCAUGGCAUCUGCCGAGGACUGCAGGCCAUCCAUAACAAGGGACAUGCACACAGAGAUUUAAAACCAACAAAUGUGCUGCUGGACAAUGAAGAUCAGCCACUGCUAAUGGACCUAGGCUCCAUGAAUCAGGCUCGCAUUGAGGUGCGGAGCUCACAGGAAGCUAUGACUAUUCAGGCUUGUCGCGACCUACAGCUGACUAUCGACACCCUGCAGGAUCACGGAUUUGUACUGAACUUUCCAAAGAGCCACCUGCACCCGACCACGUCUCUUCUGCAUCUCGGGAUGGUCAGCAAUUUGGAGACUUGUGUGGUGUCUCCCUCUCAAGAGAGACAGCAGAGCCUGCAGUCCCUGGUGAGUCAAGUGCUCAAUCAGAGGUCUUGUCUCAACUUCUAGGGAAGAUGAUAUCUUGCAUAGAUGUUGUUCCUUGGGCAAGGUUCCACACACGACCACUGCAGUGGUAUCUCCUCCCAUUCCAAAGGGCUCACACCAGUCACUCUCAGGCCAGAGUUCACUUACCAACCAAGGUGUCCUUGUCGCUCUGUUUGUGGAUGUUGUCCUGCAUCCUCAAAGGAUGCCUCUUCAAGGAACCAGGGCGGAUUGUAGUUACAAUGGAUGCGAGCCAAUUCGGGUUGUUGGACUGUCCAGGAGCUGAGCAACAGCAUCAAUUGGCUGCAGCUACGGGCUAUCCGCCUAGCUCUCCGAGAGUUUCGAGACCUGGUUAUAUCCAAUCAUGUGUUGAUACUCACUGACAACGUGGCCUCCAAGACGCAUGUCAACCGCCAAGGGGGCACGAGGUCCAAAUCCCUGAUGAUGGAAGCAGAACUUCGGCACCACUGGGCGGAAAACCAUCUGUUGUCAGUCUGAGCAGAACACAUAUCCGGCACUGCGAAUGUCCAAGCAGACUGGUUGAGCAGGGCCAUGGUGGAUCAGGUGGAGUGGCGCUUGCACCCAGCCCUGUUCUGAGAACUGUCCCGCCGCUUUGGUCACCCGCAGGUGGCCUUGUUCGUUCAACCCAAAAACACACACCUGCCGCAGUUUUACACCAGGUUCCAGGUACCAGGGGCAGAAGGCACCGAUGCCCCCCACAGCCCUUGGCCGGAGGGUCUCCUUUAUGCUUUUCUGCCUCUGCCAAUUGUACCACUGGUCAUCCAGAAGAUUCUGGCGGAACAGGUGGAGGUGCUGCUGGUUGCACCGAUGUGGCCACGGCGCCCCUGGUAUGCAGACCUCACCCAUCUGUCCAUCUCACGUCCAUGGAGAAUUUCGGACAACCUGAUAUCCCUCUCACAAGGAGCCCUUGUCCACCCGAAUCCACAUCUGUUACAAUUAGCCGUGUGGUACGUGAGCAGACGAUCCUGAGUCAGCAGCAUUUCUCUGAUAAGGUCCUGAGGCAUCCUUUGGACAGCGCGUGCUGCAAAGGGUAGCUUAUUCGGCUAUGGCACCAGACCAGCCUCACUCCCGCUCCUGAAGUCUAUUGCUUUGCCAUCUCCCAUGCUUGGAUUUCCCAAGCAGUGCACAGGAGAACGACAAUUGACUUACCUGAACAGUCCUUCUAUGUACGCUGCGAGGGGAAUCCAAACCCGCCCUCAGCUUCGGAUGUUAUGGGCCUGGACUUCAGUUUUUCCUAUGACAUUCUGACUUACCUUGACUUCUAGACUUAUUUUCCUUCUCUCAAGCUGGCUGAUCCUUCGUGCAAAACUGAACCAGUCCAGUCAGAGGAGGCGUGGCCAGCAAUUUGCAUAACUCAGUCUCAAGGCUAAUGGACAAAGUUAACCCAUGCCUGGAUUCCCCUCGCAGCGCACAUAGAAGGACCGUUCAGGUAAGUCAACAGUCGUUUUCUUUUGUCAAAUACAUGGGAGUAGUUUACCAGAGACUUCUGCUGGAAUGCCCCCCCCCCCACAAUCCCCACUUUAGUCUAAAGCCCUGAAAUUUCCUACUUGUUUCCCACCGACUACUAAGCAAAUACUGCUAUGUAUUAUAUUUAAUACUAGUUGAUAACCCGACAUUGCCCAGGUAUUUAUUUAUAGGGAGGAAAUGUCCU